AUGACAGUGGACUUGAUGGGUCAUUUGCAUUGCGACGUGUUUAAUCAAGACAAACUUUUAUUAAAUGGUGUCGAAGUUCGUCUACGUCUGGUUCGUUUGAAGGAUGCAUUUUGUUUGAUGGAUGCAUCUACAAGGAAUUAUUCAGUCAGUAUUACCGAAACAACACUUCUUGUACGACGAGCAGAAGUAAGCCCCACAGUUUUGAUUGCACAUGCAAAGACUUUAGCAAGCACUACUGCAAAAUAUCCAAUCACCCGUGUGGAAGUUAAAUCUUUUACUAUGCACAGUGGUAUUACAGGCGACUGUUUAGAAAACGUUAUUCUUUGCCAGUUACCAAAAAGAAUAAUACUAGGUUUCGUUGACAACAAAGCUUUCAACGGGGACAGAAAACUUAACCCCUUUAGUUUCCAAAAUUACUCUAUUAAUUUUUUGUCAUUAUACGUGGAUGGAGUACAAACUCCAAGCAAACCAUUACAACCUACUUUUACAGGAAGUGGAUCUAUGUACGUUGAAGCUUAUCAUACAUUAUUUUCUGGCUCCGGAAUACAUUACAUGAACGAGGGAAAUAACAUACACAGAAAAGAUUUUCCAAAAGGGUCAUUGGAAUUGAGUAAAAAAUGGUUCUGUCAGAAUAGAAAAUUUGACAACAUGUUAGGAAUAGACUCAAACCGUCAGAUAGUUGUAGAUUUCUACUUCUAA